AUGCUCCCGCUUCGGAGACCAGACCCUCACAAAGGUGGGCUUCUUAAGCCUUGUAGAGGCAUUUUGCUUUUUGGUCCUCCUGGCACUGGAAAAACAAUUCUGGCAAAAGCCAUUGCAAAUGAAGCAGGAGCAAGUUUUAUCAAUGUCUCGAUGUCCACCAUCACUUCAAAAUGCAUGCUUGGGCAGCGGACCAGAGUUGGGGAGCAUGAGGCCAUGAGGAAGAUAAAAAACGAGUUCAUGACACACUGGGAUGGGCUGUUGACAAAAACCGGAGAGCGAAUUCUUGUUCUGGCUGCAACCAACAGACCAUUUGACCUUGAUGAAGCAAUCAUCAGGCGAGUCAUGGUUGGUCUUCCCUCCGUCGAGAAUAGGGAAAUGAUCUUGAAAACUCUUCUUUCAAAAGAAAAGGUUGAAAAUCUAGACUUCAAGGAGAGACAAAAGGAUAUGGAAAAGAAGAAGAGAGAAGCACAAGGCAAGAGCUCAGAAGAUGCUUCAGAGACAAAAGAGGAAGAGAAAGAGGACCGAGAAAUUACUCUGAGAGCUUUAAACAUGGAAGAUAUGCGGCAGGCAAAGAAUCAGGUUGCUGCCAGUUUCGCUUCAGAGGAUCAGUAA